ACCUCUACCGCCUACACUCUCUCAGGCCACCAGUCCUGUAAUGGCUACAUUUACAAUCUCUGCGAAUUUCUCACUUACCUCUAAAACCCUAACCCCACCCCUCUCUAACCUCAAACCCUCUUCCCUCAACCCCUUCCGUAACCUCCACUCGUGCUCUUCCUGGGGUUUUACGCAUCAUAAAUCAUGCCCGAUUCAGUCCAGGUCGUCGGUUCGGGCUGCAGUGGAUGCUGAUUACUCAUCGAAGAGAGGCAGCAGUGGCGAGACCAGAGAACCCAUUCUGCUCCCGGGUUGCGAUUACAAUCAUUGGCUCAUUGUUAUGGAAUUCCCCAAGGAUUCCCCUCCCACGAGGGAGCAGAUGAUUGAGACUUACCUUAACACACUUGCCACAGUCUUAGGAAGUAUGGAAGAGGCAAAAAAGAAUAUGUAUGCGUUUAGUACCACGACGUACACUGGUUUUCAGUGCACUGUUGAUGAAGCAACUUCUGAAAAAUUCAAGGGUCUGCCUGGGGUUCUCUGGGUAUUACCAGACUCAUACAUAGAUGUGAAAAACAAGGAUUAUGGAGGAGAUAAGUACAUUAAUGGAGAGAUUAUUCCUUGCACUUACCCUACUUAUCAACCAAAGCAACACGGUAGUUCAAAAUUUGAGAGCAGAAGGUACGAAAGGAGGAAAAAUGGGCCACCUUCACAACCAAGAAGUUCAAAACAAGCAGCAACACCUUCAUCAGAGUCAACAUCUGGAUAAGCUAGUAGAAAGCUGUCAUGUUUUUGGUCUCAAGGUGGAUGGAGUUUUUGGAGUUGUAUCUAUGGUGCCUUUGGCUUUUGCUUUGGUGGAAAAUGGGCGAUGAUAAUUAGGUUGAGGUUAGAAAUUAGAAAGCAUCACUUACUUAGCAAAUUCUGAAGGUGCAUAAUUUGUGUAUCUCUUGAAUGAUGAGAUUAAUAGUUCCUUAUCGAGAGAGACGAAAUUUGACUAAUAGAAUAUAGAAGGUUAUUUAA